UCCCUUUUGUUUUCAAAGGGAGGCAAUCAAAGUCACAUGCCGAUAUUUAGAACGUCGGUGUGAGUUUUUGCAGUGUAUAGAGUGAUUAAUCAGUUUUCAGUACGACUCGUUCAACAUUUUAUAGAAACAUAAGUUUCCAGGAAAACAGACGAUACACGACAACACUUCAUAUUUGAUAAACAACAGACCGGGAUGAUGCUGGAGUUGCUGGUGUCAGCACUGGUCACUAUCUUCGUCGUCCAGGUCCUCCGACUCAUCUUCUCCGACUGUGACCUCACACUGCAAUGGGCGGAAAUGUUUGGACGAUCCCCAGAGCGACUGAAGGGCAAGGUCGUGUGGGUGACGGGCGCCUCUAGCGGUAUAGGUGAAGGACUCGCGUACAGGCUUGCAGAAGCCGGAUGUCGUCUGAUUCUGUCAGCAAGGCGGGAACAGGAACUCAACCGGGUCAAGAAAAAUUGUUUAGCUCGGUACGGCGGUGUCCAAGAAGGGGACAUUCUGGUUGUUCCCCUGGACCUGGUCCAGAGGGGAACACACCAGCAGGCAGUGGACACUGUCAUCACCCACUUCAAACAAAUUGACUGCCUGGUGAACAAUGCUGGGCGCUCCCAGCGAGCUCUGUGGUUGAGAACCAGCCUGGAGGUGGACAAGGAGUGCUUGGAGCUCAACACCCUCGGACCUGUUUCCCUCACCAAGCUUGUCCUGCCUCACAUGGUACAGCGUAAACAAGGACAGGUGGUUGUUGUCUCCAGCGUUGCUGGCAAGUUUGGUGCUCCUGGGAUCGGGUCGUAUUGUGGAUCAAAACACGCACUGCAUGGUUGGUUCGAGAGUCUACGCAUCGAGGGUUACGACGAUAACAUCAAGAUAACGAUGGUCUGUCCUGGACCAGUCUUCUCAGAUGCUCUCAAGGCGGCCUUCACUGAGGAACGUGGCGAGGGUCUUGGUGUGGAGAUGAGGUCUUCCGAAAACAGGAUGGCUACAGAUCGAUGCGCCCAACUGAUUGCCGUCGCCAUGAGCAACAGACUGGAUGAAGUGUGGGUGUCACGGAACCCAGAACUCACCUACUGCUACCUGUUCCAGUACUUCCCUGCUAUUGCAAGAAAAAUUGGUGUGAGACUCGGCCAGACGCGCUACCGCAAAGUGAAGGCAGGGAAUGCCAGUUUACAUUGACGUGAAGUACACACCCCCAGGAUGGAACAAACCCUGUCAACACUACUUGAACAACUUGUUUUAAAAACUUUUAAAAUUUCGGGAUAUUUUUUAUGGAGACAGAUUGUAUGAAUAUUUAUACUCAUACUACACAAGAAAUUACAGAUCACCCAAUUAUUUCAUAGUACAAUACUGACACAGAUCAACUAUAAUACGAAUGAAUCGGGUGUUCUAAGUAGUAUAUUCAAUGACAUUGUUGUUUACCGAGAAGUGUCAAUAUCCCUUCUUACAAGGCACUUCUGAGGUUAAAUAUAUUUCAGGAAUUGCAUACUUUUGUUUAAUUAUUAUGAUCAUGUAUUUUUCGAUGUUGGAAAUUUAUUUUAGUUUGUGAUAUGUCCACAUGUUAUUGAUCAAAGCAUUUAUCUAUGCUUUUACUGAAACAACUUGUGAAUAAAGUAUUU